GGCAGCCAUUUUCAAUAGUAAUUUUUAAUAUCCUUGUUGGAAGGUUUACUAUUUGUUCAAAAUAUCUAGAAAUGAAGUUUCUUUGAUGAUUAGUCUAAUUAAAACCUCGCUGUUUUUACAUUAUACUGAAAAAAAUUAAAUUGUUAUUAUAGCGGUAUUAUAUUUUUUACGGAAAUAUAAUGAGUUUUUUUGGAUUUGGCCAAUCAGCCGAAAUAGAAGUUACAUUAGAUGGGCAAGAUAAUAGAAAAACUGCAGAAGUUAAAACUGAAGAUGGCAAGAAAGAACGAUUGUAUUUGUAUUAUGAUGGUGAAACAAUAUCAGGAAAGGUUAAUGUUAGUCUUAAAAAACCAGGCACUAAAUUAGAACAUCAAGGCAUUAAAAUUGAAUUUAUUGGUCAAAUUGAAAUGUUCUAUGACAGAGGAAAUCAUCACGAAUUCAUAUCUUUAGUUAAAGAGCUUGCAAGACCUGGUGAUAUGAUUGCACAUUCAAGUUAUCCUUUUGAAUUUAGUAAUGUAGAAAAACCCUUUGAAGUUUAUACAGGUACUAAUGUGAGAUUAAGAUAUUUUCUGAGAGUGACAAUCAUCAGAAGAUUAGCUGAUAUAAUGAAGGAAAUUGACAUAGCUGUUCAUACACUCUCCAGCUAUCCAGAAAUGAAUAACUCCAUUAAAAUGGAAGUGGGCAUUGAAGACUGUCUCCACAUUGAAUUUGAGUACAAUAAAUCAAAAUACCAUUUAAAAGAUGUUAUCGUUGGAAAGAUUUAUUUUCUAUUGGUUCGAAUAAAAAUAAAACAUAUGGAAAUCGCCAUCAUUAAGAAAGAAACCACAGGGUCUGGUCCACAUACAUAUACUGAAAAUGUAACUAUAGCGAAAUAUGAAAUUAUGGAUGGAGCACCUGUUAGAGGUGAAAGUAUUCCAAUACGUGUAUUUCUGGCAGGUUAUGAUUUAACUCCGACGAUGAGGGAUAUAAAUAAAAAGUUUUCUGUCAGGUACUUUUUAAAUUUAGUAUUAAUGGAUACUGAAGAUAGAAGAUAUUUCAAGCAACAAGAAAUUACACUAUGGCGGAAGGGUGACAAAUUGCGGAAGCCAAACCUACAGAGUCCAGCCAUAAUGGCAGGUACCCAGAAUCUUCAGAACACUGCUCAACAGUAUCAACAGCAGCAACAGACUGACGAAAGCGACAAAAAGACGGUAAAGGAGGACUUUUUACGGGCGCCCAGUUCACAAUCCAAUGACAAGCUCAAUGAUUCGUCAGAUCCCUUUGACCAACGAGUUUCAUCACCAACAGAAAGCCCCGAAAAUCUCAUACAAAAUAUGACCCGGGAAGCUGGGGAUGGCCAGAAUGAUAGUGGAAAUGAUAAUUUAGAGUGAUAUAAAUUAUGACUGGAUGAAAUGUGAUGUAGUAUUGUUGGAGUUAAUGAAGUGGUUAUGUUCAAGGGCGAGAGUGUUGAGAAGAAUGUGCACGUAUCCUGUAAAUAAAGUAAUUGUUAUAAUAUUACAGUUAUAUUGAACUGUCUCUGUAUAUGAAGCAAAUUAUUAAUUUACAUAUUUUAAUUUUAUUGUAUAUUUCUCAUCUAGCUGAUUAAAAAAAGUUACUGAACAUA